AUGACGACUCAAAAGAAGCCUGGCGGCUACUGGAGCGAGGCUAAUCCGGUCCCGACUGUACAGCAAUUCAUUGCUGAAUUAGAUGCUGGAAAGGCAGACCGAGAUAAGCAAAUUGAUGAGGAGGCGCAAAAGAAAAACGCGCCGCCGAAAAAACAUCCAGGAACAUCUGCUCCUCAUAGGAAGCCUGUGCCCAAGUCUAAAUCUAAGAGCCGGGUAGUGACUGAUCCAACAACUGGCACAGAAGUGGAAAUCGACGAUGUAGAUAAGGAAUUUAUGAAAGCUGUCAGAGAACCCCAGUCUGUUCAAACCAAACCAUCACAAUCGCUGGAGGAGUAUAAACAUAGUCAGGAUAUAGUAUCUCCACCGGAGCCAAUUGCGGCUGGAACUACAAGCGAUGUGCCCAUCCAUGGGGAAAGAACCAAUAUUCUAUUCCACCCAACACCUUCAAUCAGCUAUGAGCCUAUGUUCAAAAUAUUGGAGAAAAGAGCCGGCGUCUUAUGCUCAGUUAUUUUCGGUUCCAUUUUGGUUGCUGGCCGCUUCGCAGGAGGUGAAUUGAAAUGGAUUUUCCCGCUUGCCUGUUGCGUUGCAACAGGCGUAUGGUUCUGGACAUAUGAUGUUAUCCGUCGAGGCCGGACUUUUGAAUGGCAUUCCGAAAAGCUUCGUGGACAGACAGCGACUGCAAAUCUCAUACCGGAGUCCGCAGAAUGGUUGAAUUCGUUCGUUGAGAUAUUUUGGGGCUUGGUCAACCCGGAAAUGUUUGCCAGCGUUGCUGAUACAAUCGAGGAUGUUAUGCAUGCGUCGUUACCGGGCAUAAUCGAGAAUGUCCGGAUAGCUGAAAUAGACCAAGGAUCGAAUCCCUUGCGUGUAAUCAGCUUGAGAUCAUUGCCUGAUGGCCAGUGUUCAGAUUUGAUACAAGGGUUGCGCUCUUAUAAUCGGGAAAACAAAGACGAACAGCAAGCUGCCGCUGAAGAAGAAGGCGGCCAACCUUAUAAUCUUGAAUGCUCAUUUGCAUACCAUGCCAAACCAUCUAGCGGAAGCACAUCCGCUAAAGCACAAAACAUGCAUAUGAUGGUGGUUUUCUACCUUGGAGUAAAGGGGUUAUUCGGGGUCCCUUUUCCUAUUUUCGUUGAAUUGACAGAGCUCGUUGGCACCGUCAGGCUUCGUUUGCAGCUUAGCCCUGAAGCGCCAUUUGCGAAGAGUUUGACAUUCAGCUUAAUGGGGAUGCCACAUAUUCGAGCCGGCUGCACUCCCAUGGUCAAACGAGGUAUAAACAUCUUGAACCUCCCGUUGAUAUCCAACUUCGUCAACUACGCCAUUAAAGCCGCGAUGGGCAUGUAUGUAGCACCAAAGUCAAUGUCAAUUGAUCUUGGCAUGAUUCUUGGAGGGGAUGAUAUCCAGAAGGAUACCAGCGCACUGGGCGUUUUCUGGGUGAGGAUCCAUCGUGCCAAUGGUUUGAGCAAGCAAGACAAGAGAGGUAGCAAAGGUGGUGGCAGCGACCCUUACAUUAACCUCUCAUUCUCAAAGUAUGGGAAGCCAAUGUAUUGUACAAGAGUUAUUUGCGACGAUCUCAACCCAGAGUGGGAGGAGUCUGCCGCUCUCCUUGUUACCCCUGAGCUUAUCAAGGCCGAUGAAAAGCUUAGUGUUGAAUUAUGGGAUUCCGACAGGAGUACUGCCGACGACAUCGUCGGUAAGGUCGAGCUGUCUAUGCAAAAUUUGCUUCAGCACCCUGGAAAAAUGUUCCCUAUUACUUCUAAGCUUCAGGGUAUGGAUGCAGGAACUGAGAUGCCAGGAGAACUACACUGGGAAGUCGGAUACUUCCGCAAGCCACAUUUCCGGCACGCUCUUCGUACUGACGGCAAAGAUGAAAAGCUUCCCGCGGAAUUCAAGGACCAUCCCGCUCUCCAAGACGAGAAAGGGAAUGUUCCUGAGCCCGUUGAUGACGCGGAGGCAGUUACCUGCACCCCGCCCGAUCCUCUCUGGCCAAGUGGUAUAUGCACGGUAGUCAUCCACCAGGUUGUUAACCUACAAGUUCAGGAUAUCAAAGGAACUCUCAAAAACCGUAAAGGUAACGAAUAUGAUGCUGCUAGGUCAUAUGGAGAGAGUACUGGGGAAGAAGGGAAGCAAUUCCCAACUAGCUACUGCACCAUCCACUUGAAUGAUGAACCGAUAUUCCGCACUCGGGCCAAGGCAGUAUCUAGUAAACCUAUAUUCAAUGCUGGAACGGAGAAGUUCGUUCGAGAUUGGAGAUCAGCCAUGGUCACUGUCGCCGUCCGUGAUCAAAGGAACAGAGAGCAUGAUCCAAUCCUAGGUAUUGUGCCUCUCAAGCUUUCAGAUAUCUUCCAGGCCAGCUCUCAGGUCACUAGAUGGUAUCCGUUAGAUGGAGGUAUUGGCUUUGGGCGCAUUCGGAUUUCUCUUUUGUUCCGAAGUGUCGAGCUUAGGCUCCCACCCCAGCUACUUGGAUAUGAUGUCGGUACCUUCAACAUCACAUCGAGCAGGAUAACAUUGAAAAACUGUGCCUCUCGUGGCAAGAUGAAGAUCAGAACCAGUGGAGUAAAUGUUUCGAUACCCCGUUCUGCAUGGAAUCCAGAUUCUAUAGAAGAAAAUGGAGGCUUCUUCGACCUCACAUCAGACUUGAAGGAGGAAGUCGUAUUGCCUACUAAACACCGUUACCGGUCUGCGAUUAUUUUCGAGGUUCAACAUAGCUCAGGCACCGCCAACGCCCUCGUGUGGCUCCAGAAUCUAGUUGACAACGAAGAAACGCCCGUCGACAUACCUAUCUGGACGGCUAAGAAUUCCGCACGACUAGUUCAGAACUACAUGACGGAAGAGAACUGGGAAAAAGCAAAGAAAAGUCCUGGGCUGGAGGACCUUGAGAUGGUUGGGCGAAUGCAGUUCAGCUGCCGCUUCACCCCUGGCUUCCAUCUGAGCCAUGAGAAGCUUGUCAACAACAAUGAUUCUAGAGAGGCGUUUGAGACUUGGGAGGCAAGUGUAUCUGAAGGCGUACGAGGGGAUAUUCAAUCUGAAGUUCCGCCAACGGUGCAGAGGUUGCAUGAGAUAUCCCUGGUCCAGGAACGGGAUAUCCUCCGUCAGGCCAACGCCAAACUUCGGAGGCCGAGAUCUAAAGAUAGCGACAUAUCUUCAAUUGACGAUGUUAUCCGAAAGUCGAUGACGGGAAACGCCAGCUCUCGUAUUGAGGGAGAUGCAUCUCAAGACCUACACGAGACCCAACGCAGGGAUCGAUCUCGUCCGACAACCGCAGGGAGCGCAAAUACAAAUACCAAUGCAAAUGCAAAUACCACUGCAAAUACAAAUUCAAACGGAGCCGUCCCAGGACCCAUGAUCAUGGGUGGGGAUGGCAUGCCCGAAAACGACAACAACACCCAAAGGGGAGACCACACCAAUGGCCCUGCCGCUGAAGAUGCUGAUAGACCCCUCGGAGAUAGUGAUGCAGCCAGAGCUGAGGCCACCGGUGGAGCUAUGCCUUCUGAUCAAUAUGAUCUAGAUGACGACUGGGAAAGUAACUACGGCGAUGGCAAUGGCAACACCAAUGGCAGUGACAACAACAACGUGGAUGGUGCACUGGUGGAAGGGGUCCUCUCGGAGUCAAGCCACGAAACGACGGAAGAGAGAAGGGAGCGAAUUGGCAAUAAGGAAAACCGACGAAGCGAAUGGCGAAAGCAUCGUGGCGUGAUGCAAUGGCGCCCAGCCCGUAAUGCUGCCUUCGUCAAACACGAAGCUACCUUUGCGAUGAAGAAGGUGAAGGACAAGUUAAUGGGCGACAUGACCGGCAGGGAACCAGAUAUUCGAACCGAAGUUGGCUGA